UUUUGACUUUUCUAGGUGGCAGUUAGUGCGGAAGGUGAAACAGAAAUGUCAUUGUCCUAGUUCAUUACCAGACUUCUUCUAGUCAUUACUCUUGCCCCAAACAAGAAAACAAACGCAACAACGCCACGCCCCCCUGCAAAAACCGGCUUCCGCCUUCUCCUACCUGGCUACAGCUACUCGCAAGCUUCAAUUCUGCAGUCUCUUCCGCCACUGCAGCUCGCAAGUAGAAUUCAUCCCCCCCUAUUCAUUCCAUUUGCAGAAGCAUGGUGGAUUCGAAGGUGGAGACCAUUUCGAGACUAGCCCAGUGGAGGAUCGAGAACUUCGGUCCUUGCUCGUACAAAAAGUCCGAUCCUUUCAAGGUCGGCAUAUGGAAUUGGCACUUAUCCGUGGAGAAGAAUCGGUACCUGUACGUUCGUUUGUUUCCGGAGCCGUCGAGGGCAUCCAAAGAGCAGCCUCCGAUCGCGCGGUUCGUUCUCAGGGUGUCGUCCAAUACCGGCAACAAUCGGAGGCCUUAUAUUUCUCCAAUUCAUGAGAGAUUGCUUCGGACGUGUGAUGAUUUCGUGUGGCCUGUUGACAGCUCCUUUCAAGGUCGCUUCAUCAUUGAUGUAGAGUUCCUUGAUCUCAAGAUCUGCCCUCUUAAUGGUGGUGAAAGCUGUUCAGUAUGGCCUACCGACGGAGCAAUGCAAUCUACCUCAACUCAGAGCACACUCAGAUGUCUCUCCCGGAUGCUGGAUGAAGGAAUCCAUGCCGACGUCACCAUCAACACCGCUGAAGGUGGCACCUUGAAAGCUCACAAGGCAAUCCUCUCUGCGAGUUCGCCCGUUUUUCAGAGCAUGUUCCAUCAUGAUCUCAAGGAAAAGGAGUCUUCCACCAUCUAUAUCGGUGACAUGUCGCUGGAAUCAUGCGUGGCUCUCCUGAGCUACCUGUACGGGACAAUCAAGCCGGAGGAUUUCUGGAGGCAUCGGCUCUCGUUGUUGGGCGCUGCAAACAAGUACGACAUCGCUGCUCUCAAAGACGCCUGUGAGGAAAGCCUGUUGGUGGACAUCACUUCAGGGAAUGUACUUGAGAGACUGCAAGAGGCGUGGCUGUACCAGCUGGAUAAACUGAAGAAAGGCUGCUUGACGUACUUGUUUGAUUUCGGCAAGAUAUACGACGUGAGAGAAGAGAUCAACAGUUUCUUCAGGCAGGCUGAUAGGGAGCUGAUGCUGGAGAUGUUCCAGGAGGUGCUGACAGUAUGGAAACCGGUGUAGUCUGAUUUCGGCUCUGCUUCCUCCUGAAUAUGAGAUCUAAUUAUGGUCCGAGGGUUUGUACAGUGAUUCUGCAACAUCUGGUUGGAUUGCGUGUCUGAAUAUUGGACGUUUCCUCGUUGUUAUGUAUACAAUACAAUGUGAUCUUGGUUGUUACUUGCUAGCAGCCAGAAUGUUGUAGUGUAAUUAGUUAGCAUUGAUAAACUAGUGAUCUGUCGACAGUUUCGUGCAUCAGUGAGUGCUUGUAUUUUGAUGACUUCCAAAUUCCCAUUGUAUAAUGUCUCCUAGUUCCUGCGUAUGAAAUAAAACAGGAAAUCCGAGUUAGAAU